CGGAAAAAAAAUAUAUCAAAGUGAAAUGAGCAUCAAUAUGUUUGAUAAAUAGAAAAUAAAUCCGUUGGGUCCACCACUGUCACCUAUUAUAGUCAGGUCAACAGUCUGUCGCGGAUUUUACCCGACCAAUUCUAUUCUUUUGCUCUUAUUGAAAUAUGAGUUCAUUAUCUCUUCAGUUGUUUUAAAAAGUACUCUCAUAAGUCAACAUGUAACUUAACUGUGCAUGAAGUUCUAAUAUAAAGGCCUCGUGAAAAUGUCAUGAACAUAUCAUUCUUACAAAAUGUUUAUCCUGAUUAUUUUUGCUAAUUUAUUUGUCGCUGGUGAAAAUGUUAAUCUUCAUCAUGUUAUGAGUGAUUCAGAAAUGAUGCGAUAUUUUCAAACGACUAAUAAAGAAUUUGUGCCAGAAUAUGAAGUAGUGUAUUUACCAAGUGCUAUGGUUACAAAAGAACUUGAAGCUGAUUCUGAAGUUGAUUAUAAUUUUUAUGCUUUUGAUAGGCCCAUAGAUUUGAAAUUAAAGCGAAAUACUGAUAUUGUCGUUCCUUCCUUCAAAACUUACAUACAUGACGAAAAUGGAGUGAAAUUCUUAAAUGAAACUCCUGAAAACUGUCACUAUUUGCAUAAAGCCUCAGAGCUAGUUGCUGCUUUAAGUAUUUGUGCUCCAAAAUCUGUGCAAGGUCUCAUAUUUACCAACAAUGCCACUUUUGAAAUUCAACCACUUACUCUUAAGCUUCAACGUUUAACUAAACGACAGGCGAGAGAUGGGAGAGCACCUCAUAUUAUUAAAAGAGCAAAAUUAUAUAGCGAUUUUAUAUUGGACGAUCUCAUUCCUUCAGCAGGAAAUGUAUGGUUUCAACAACAAUCAAACGGUUACAACAUAUCAAGCCAAGAUUUGCUUGAAAAUUUGAAUCAGGAUAAUCUUCAGCAACGUAGAGGCAAAAUUUUAACAGCCGAACUCGCGCUUUUUUUCGACGAAGCAGCUUAUAAAAUAUUUGCGCCAUAUUUUGGUUACAACGACAAAAAACUGCAGAAUAUGCUGUUAGCAUACAUGAACGGAGUUCAAGCUCUCUAUCAUCAUCCUAGCCUUGGCACUAGUCUAGAAUUAGUCCUUGUACGAUUGGACAUAAUGAAAAAGCAACCGAGAGAAAUGCCUCAUCACAACGGGGAACGAUCACAAUUAUUGGAUAGUUUCUGCAAUUUUCAAGCAAGCAUUAAUCCUAAAGGCGACACAAAUCCCGAUCAUUGGGAUAUGGGGUUGUAUGUUUCAGGAUUAGAUUUUCACGCCUAUGAAAAUGGUAAAAAAAGUGGAGUAACCAUGGGACUAGCAACAGUUGGUGGAGUAUGUUUGGACAAAUACGCAUGCAUCAUUGCUGAAUUUGGUACCACCAAUGUGUUUGGAAAACCUUAUCCUAGUGCUGGCUUUACAAGUGUUUAUAUUUUAGCUCAUGAAAUUGGCCAUAACCUUGGAAUGCACCAUGAUAGUACUGGCAAUGGUUGUUCCAAAGAGGGCUACAUUAUGUCGCCUUCAAGAGGCACCAAUGGCGAAACUCAAUGGUCUACUUGCAGUGCUGAUAUCAUGUCAAAGAUGGAAUGGGCGAAAUGCUUACAAGAUUCCUCGCCCCCCCAGCAAGGGAAAGAUCAUUCUCGAUUUCUAGAUAUACCUGGAAGAAUUUAUACAGCCAAGAAGCAAUGUGAAAUUUUGCUUAGAGACAAAGACGCUGUUAUGUCACCAAAUCAGCAACAAAAUGAUAUUUGCUAUAAUCUUCAAUGCAAGACACCCAAUAGGAGUGGGUAUUAUUUUGCUGGACCCGCUUUGGAUGGGACACCUUGUGGAACUAGCAGAUAUUGUUAUGGAGGUGAAUGUACUUCAAGGCAACCACCCAAACCUGUGAAAAUCACACCAGGAGGUUGGAGUUCUUGGAAGCAAGGCUUUUGCACUUCCGGUUGUAUAGAAAAAUCCAAAGGAAUCCAAACUGGUACAAGAGAGUGUAAUAAUCCAAUUCCAGAGAAUACUAACCAGGGAUGUGAAGGAAAUACUAGACAACUUAAUAUUUGUGAAGAUAAAUUUAUAUGCCCUGUUAAAAGAAAAUCUGCUGUAGAUUUUGCUUCACAGAAAUGUAAAGAAUUUUCCAAACUAUUGCCAGAAUUGGAUCCAAAAGGUUUCGGGCUACAGGCUCCACAUGAAGAUGCUCGAGUUUGGUCCAGUUGCGCAAUAUUUUGCAAAAGAAAAGAUUCCGGUGUGUUUUAUACUCCCAGAAUCGAACUGAAUGACUUAAGUGUAUCAUCUUACUUUCCUGAUGGAACUUGGUGUCAUAGAGAUGCUACUGGGACCAAUUAUUUUUGUAUGCAACAUCAUUGUUUACCGGAAACUUUCCAAUUCAGCAAAAAUCAAUUAACAAAUCUUGACGAUGUACCAUUUUCACAAAACGCAAGACCUAACAAGCCACUCAUACCACCGGCUCUAAAGAAUUACUUUGCUCUUAGUCCCAAUGGCAGGCCCAUCCAAACCACCCUCAAAAUUUCUGAUCUUCAUCCAUAUCAAGAAGAUGAAUGGGAAACUAAAGAUUAUGUGGAACUACCGAGUAUUGAGAAAAGAUUUGAUGCUUUGGUUAAGGAAAUGAACGAUUUGAAUUUUAUUUAGAGUCAUAGGUUUUUUUUAUUGGUUAGUAGAUAUUUAUUAAAGUAGUUUAAAUCUUGUUUUUGCCUUUAUUUAAUUAAAUCUACAAAAUGUCGCAUCUGUGAGUUACAAUAACUCUCUUUACAGUGGCGUAGCCAGUAGGGGG